AGAAUUCAUGUUAAAAAUUUAGAUAGUAAAUCUCUCAGAACGAUACAAUAUUAAUAGCCCUUGUCUUCUUGAUAUACCAUUAUUGUAUUUUUUACAAAUGUUCAAGUUCGUCAAAACAAAAGGUAAUCGUCAUAUGCCCAAAAUAACUGACUAUGAUUAUUAUAUUUAUUUAAUUGAUUCUCACUAAUUUGUUUUUAACCACAAAAAUAAGGAUAAAUUAUUUUUAUAUAGGAUAAGCCUGCGCAUAUAUAAGUGGGUAUGCAUUGUUACAAUUAAUUUCAGUGCAAGCGUAAGAUGAAGACCACGUCCGUAAUCCGGUUUGCCGCUUUGGCAGCGGUACUGCUCGCCUCGGCAAAUGUUGACGCCUGGAAAACCAACUCCGUUGAACUCAAGGAGCGUCCAUCGGCGAAAAAUGCCCUCAACAUAGUAAUGUGCCUUGUAAAUUUAGUUUUGACAGGUAACAUUUCUGUUAUCUCAAUAUUAUCAUGCGUGAAACCAAUUGGUCUACCGAUCGUACCAUAUGGUCUGAAUAACUACAUACAUUUCUUGAUCGAAAACGACGAAUCUAUUAGCGAAACUGGUUAUGUCAUGAACGCCGAAUUAACCUGGGGCAAGUGGCAACAGGACGGUGAUGACAUCGCUACAGUCAACCGGUUGGAGUUUAAUAACAAGCAGAGGGCCGAAUUCUCAGCAGUAGGGCGCGAGUACAGUCCCAGUGGCACUCAAGGAUUUUUCGAGAUCUUCGAAAAGGACAAACCCAUCGCCAAGGUGACUUUUGAUGUACCGUUUGUGGGUAACAACAGAUUUAAAAUUAAACAACUUGACGAAGGCUAUCUCUGUGAACAUCAAGGGUUCUCUGCUGGAGGAUCCCUCACCAUCGAAAUCGUUUGCAAUAAAAUUCAUGACCAAUAGAAAAUAAUACUUGGAUAACACUACGGAAAUCCAAAAAUGAAUGUGCGUUUAGAUAUAUUACCGAUAAUAAUGUCUUUUAAAUACAGAUUAUUCAUGAA